UUGCUCUGUUUCACCCUUCUCCUCUGCACAACCGUUCUUCCUCCUCGGCUUCUUUUUCUUCUUCUUCUUCAUUAUUAUUUGCUACUCCUUUUCAUCACUCUCUCUGUUUUCGCGCUCUUUGUUUCGCAGACAAAAAAUCAAAGAAAAAUGUCUGCCGAUUCUGCCGUUUCAAUUGCGUGGGAUCUCUUCAAGAUCGUGUUUGUUCCCAUCAAGCAUCAGUUCGCAUACGUGCUGUGCUCCAAGAGAUACGCCGACGGUCUUCGGAAGGAAGUCAGGAAUCUGGAGUACGAGGAUGUGAGGGUCCGCAAUGCUGAGGAAGAGGCCAGAAACAAUCUUCGGAAUGUCCACGAAUGGGUCCCAGAGUUUCUGGCAACUGUUGCGAAGGCCUUGCAGGAGGCGAAGGACCUGUUGGGCAAAUUCGAAGAGGCGAGCAAGAAUUGCUGCCGCGGGGCUCUUCCUGACCCCAUUUGUCGCUAUCAGUUCAGCCGGGAGGCCAAGCACAAGACCGAUGACAUUCAGAAACUCAUUCAAGACAACAGUAACAGGGAGAUCUCCUUCAGCCUUCCUGCUCCGGGGAAUGUCACUGCUCUGACUCCGGGCAGGAGAGAGGGCAAAGAAGUCAUGCAGUCGACCACUGUGACGGCCUCUGCUUCUUCUGCCUCUACUGCGAUUAAGGACGAUGGUGUCUUCAAAUCCAGAGCUCAGAUCAUAAGGGACAUCAUGGACGCUCUUGCUGAUAACAGCAACCGAGUGGUCGGGGUUUACGGGAUGGGCGGGGUUGGCAAGUCCACCCUUUUGGUGGAUGCCGAAAGGAGACUAAGGGAAGAAAAGUUGUUCGACCUGGUUGCUAAGGCCGACGUGUCAGAAAAUCCAGACAUCAAGAAGAUUCAAGGAGAGAUUGCGCAUGCGUUGGGCCUUAGUGACAUAAAGAACGAAGAUAUUGUCAGCGUGCGAGCGGAGCUUCUGCGCACAAGGUUGGAAAAGGAGGAGAGGGAGAAAAAGAAGGUGCUCAUAAUACUGGACAACUUGUGGAAGGGGCUGGACUUGAGAUCAGUCGGCAUUCCUUGCGGACACGACAACAAAGUCAUAGGGUGCAAGUUGCUGUUGACGUCGAGAAAUCGAGAUGUUUUGCGAAGGGAAAUGGGCUGCGACAGGGACUUCCUCCUUGGUGAGCUGCAGGAGGAGGAGGCAAAAGAAUUGUUCGAGAGGAUUGUGGGGGACAAAGUUCCCGUUGACGAGUUCAAACCCUUAGCGGAUGAAGCGCUCCACAAAUGCGCAGGUGUGCCUUUCCUAAUUCUCGCAAUUGCAAAACGUUUUAAAGACGCUGGUUUAUCUGAAUGGAAGGACACUUUGAAAAGAAUCGAGAUGUCUAAAGAUAAAGGAAUCAAUGAUGUGAUAAAUAAGAUGUUGCAACUGAGUUAUGAUGAUUUAGAAGAGGAGGUGAAGUUAACACUACGGCUCUGUGUUGUUUAUGGUGUGUCCGAGCCCUCUCUGGAAAAUCUGGUGAGGUACGGCGUGGGUUUGGGGUUAUACGCAGAAUAUAGUAGCAUCGAGGAAGCUAGGAAUAGGUUGAGCUCAAUAAUACGGACUCUUCAAGCAUCUUCCCUUUUGCUAGAGAAUGGAGAUGGGGACAGUUUUAAGAUACAUGAUUUGGUUCGUGAGUUUGUUGCCUCUGUCGCUUCAAGAGAUCUACCUCUUCUUGUGUUGAAAGAAAAACAGAAGUUCGUAACAAAGUUGCCAAAGGACAAGGUCAAUAAUUGUAGGGCGAUAUGCUUUCCCUACGUAGACAUGAUUGAGCUUCCCAAAGACUUAGAUUGCCCUGAAUUGCAGAUGUUUUUGUUGUUCACAAACAAUGAAUCUCUUAACGUUCCAGAUUCAUUAUUUAAGUCUAUGAGGAAACUCAUGGUCUUAAGUCUUACUGGGAUACAUCUCGCUCGUUUGCCUUCGUCGUUUCAGUCGCUGGUGAUCUUGCACACUUUGUGUCUUCAUCGUUGUACGUUAGACGAUGUAGCCAUUCUAGGCGAGCUAAAAGAGUUACGAAUUCUUAGCUUUAUGAGCUCCAGAAUUCGGCGAUUGCCGAAAGAAAUUGGGCAACUGGUGGAGCUCGGGUUGUUAGACUUAAGCUAUUGUUUUUGGCUUGAGAUAAUUGAACCGGGUGUGCUUGGAAGCUUGAUCAAUUUAGAGGAGUUGUAUAUGGAGCGUAUCUUUCAUCGAUGGAAUGCCGUGGAGCAAACUACACCAACUAAUGCCUGUCUGAUUGAAUUGAAUCGCAUGGAGAAACUCCGCACUUUGCAUAUGCAGUUUUACGAUCCGAACGUGCUUCCGGGGGAUCUAAACCUCGAGAAAUUGACCAAGUAUGAAAUCCAAAUAGGAUAUUGGCCGGGGUUGCUCAAGUACAAAGGAUCGAGGACAUUGGUGCUCACUUUGCAUAAAAAAAGUGAUGUUCUUCGAAAAGGAUGCAUACAAAGCAUCUUAGGCAAAACUGAGAAUUUGUUUUUGCAGUGGUUGAAUGAAAUUGAGCAAAGUAUUUGCGCGUUAUCCAGAAAAGGUUUCUCAAAAUUAAAGCAUCUACAGAUCGAGGAUAGCCCCUCCGCCCAUUACAUCCUCCAAUCAACAUCCCAUACAAAUUUUAAUACGUUGGAGUCGUUAAUUCUCAAGAAUCUCACCAACUUGGAGAAAAUAUGCUAUGGACAUAUCUCCUCUAAGUCCUUCGGUGCAUUGAAAGUAGUCCGGGUUGAAAGAUGCCACAAUAUGGAAUUUUUAUUUCCUCUUUCAGUGGCGAGAGAACUUCUACAGCUAGAAGAGGUUGAAGUUGUCAAUUGCAGGACAGUGCAGGGGAUUGUAGAAGCUCAUGAUUGUGGCAAAUGUGAGUUGCCUAUGUUGCGUGUGUUGAAAUUGCGUGGGUUGCCAAAUAUCAAGAACUUUUUCACCGCCGAGACAGCUCCUUCGAGUAGCACAUCAGGCGACCCAACAGGCACUCAAAUUGCAUUCUUCAACGGGCAACAGGUUGCCUUUCCGAGAUUGGAGACAUUAAAAAUCACUGGCUUGGAUAACCUCAAAUAUAUGUUUUCCCCAUCCAUGGUUAAAUCUCUCACACAACUGAGGGAACUAAGCAUAAGCUAUUGCGUGAAGAUGGAGACGAUCGUUACGGAGGAAGAAGGAUGGGGAAUAGAAACAUCAGAAACUCUGGCAUUCUCGAAUUUAAUUGAUUUACACCUACAACAUUUGGAAAGUUUGACGUGCUUCUCUUGCCAAAAGUGUUCACGAGAAGCUCGAAGUCGGGACCGCGUCAAAUCAUACUCCCGUGCACUCUUUAAUCGAGAGGUACAUGAUUAACGUUACAUCAAAAUAUUAAAUAUACCGGAGA